ACAAAACAAGCGCAGCUGAUGGAGCUGCUUUUGAGUUUUUUUUUUUUUUUAUGUUGCUGCGCAAAUAAAUGAGAUGUAAAAGUGGAUUAUUGACGUGACGCUGCUGGUUAAAAUUUGCCUUGGGGAUUGAGGAGGGGAAUGUGGGCUCAGGGACGAGACCGUAACAUGACACAGUUUCAUGUUUCUAAGCUUUAAUAUCGCGGAACUUUGGAGCUUUAGUUGAGGAGUUUUUUUUUUUUGUUCGUGGCUGUUAUGAGCGGCUGGAAGAUGUGGAGCCAGAGGAGGAUCAGCGGGGCGCGCGGGCUGCUGUGUCCGCUGCUCGGUGCGUGUCUGUGGGCUGCAGGGAUCGCGUACAAGCCGGUGAUCAUCGUGCAUGGAUUAUUCGACAGCUCAGGAGAUUUUAAACAUUUACAGUACUUCAUCAACGAGUCUCAUCCUGGAACCAACGUGACAGUCAUUGACUUGUUUGACAGAGGUGCCAGCCUGCAGCCGCUGUGGAAGCAGGUGGAAGGUUUUAAGGCCGCCAUUUACCCCAUAAUGCAAAACGCUGUCAAUGGAGUCCACUUUAUCUGCUACUCUCAAGGUGGGCUAGUUUGCAGAGGAAUUCUCUCCACGCUCUCUGACCACAACGUCCACUCUUUCAUUUCUUUGUCUGCGCCACAGGCCGGGCAGUACGGAGACACAGACUACCUGAAGUACCUCUUCCCUAAUUUUGUGAAGUCCAACCUCUACCAUGUGUGUUACACUGCAUUUGGCCAGAGAAUCUCCAUCUGCAACUACUGGAACGACCCCCACCACAGAGACCUGUAUGUGAACAGCAGUGACUAUUUGGCUCUGCUCAACGGCGAGAGGCCUGAUCCAAAUUCAACAGAUUGGAAGACAAACUUCCUCAAGAUCAAAAAGUUGGUUUUGAUUGGAGGACCAGACGACGGUGUCAUCACUCCCUGGCAGUCAAGUCAGUUUGGAUUUUAUGACGAUAACGAGACUGUUGUUGAGAUGCCGUACCAAGAUUUGUUCCUGAGAGACGUUUUUGGGCUGAAGACCCUGGUAGCUCGUGAGGACUUGAUCCUUUGUACCGUCGCUGGUGUGGCACACGUCUGGUGGCACUCUAAUGAGACUGUGUUUCACACGUGCAUAGAAAAAUGGCUGGUGUAGCGCAAACAGUGCAGACACAAACGUCAAUGGCUCCACAGUUCAGUAGGAUCCAAGUAUAAAACUUUACAGCUGAUGUAAAGUUUACUUGUCGCCAUGUGUAGGUCUGCUCUUACAGACGUUGUCAGCAGGCGGUGUUUUGUAAUAGGAUUUUCAGGCCCCAUGAGGCAAUCAAGCAGCGCUGCCACAUUUUGAAGUCUAUUAUUUAUAUUUAUUUAUUUUUAAAUUUUAUGUAGUUAUCUCUGUCACUUAUACUCAUUUUAACCACUUGGUUUCGAACAGAAGCUAUUUUUACUGCUAACAGACUGAUCCAACAUGUCACAGUCUAUGUGCUGGAGAAAACUUCUUUAGAAUUCAUACUACAAAGUAGCGAUCAGAAGAGUUAGACAUUAAAUGUUUGAACACUGCAGUAGGCAGAGGUAAAGAUUUCUUUUUUUUCUGAAAAUGUGCAACCCGCAUACACAGAAUUUUUGUGUAUGUUUGUGUGGUUGCGCGUAUUAUGGAUGUAUAUCGCACAACACGACAGUGCCUGAGUGAUGCUCCGUCAUCUUGUCUAUAUGUACAGCCGUACUGCUCAUCUGAAGACAAUUAUUUAUAUCUUUUUAAAUAUUCCCUUUUAAACUAUCAUAUUUCUAUUUUCCUAAAUUAUAUGUGCUAUAAAUGUUUAUUAUUAUGCAGCACAUCUGCAUGCUGCAGCUGUAAUCGUCUUAGCCUUAAAUUUAGACCAUUACCCAUCAUGCCUCAGUGUUCCAUUCUGAAGUGCUGUGUUUUAAAAACUGAGAUAAAAGGGGGCUGGAAACAGAAAGUGACAGUGAUAUGUUAACAUUUAUCUGUCCAUCAACUAUUUCAGCAGCUCUGUUGUCUUUCAGUGUCAGAAAAGGGAUUAAUUUAACUGUUUGAGAUAUAGUGAGCUAGUUCAGGUUUGUGUAAGCAAUAAGCUAAAAGCAACAAGGCAUCCAGAUGAUUGCUGUGCCUCUCUGGCCCAGCUACAUUUUAUUUUAACUUUGCAAGACAUUUGAGGUCUGACACAUUUGUAGUCCCAGAAAAAUAGAAGUCUAUGCAGAAAACAAUGUUUCAUUGCUUCAUCUACUGCUUGAGAUGGGGUUAAUAAUGUAUUUUAAGUGAACUCUGAUUUAACCUUAGACUUAAAUGACCUGUGUUGCAAGAGUAAGGUCAACAUAGUUCAUCAAGUUUAAUUGAAAUUGCUCUGUGCAUUUUGAAGAUCUUGUCAUGGACAGACACGUAGAUAAAUGGCCAUUACAGUAGUCUCUCUGUUUUACAGCAUAAAUAAUAUUAUCAUCUUAUACAUCUCCAAAGUAAAAAGAUAUAUAAGACAACCUGAUUUUAAAAUCUGGUGAAUUUUGAUCCACCAGAUUAAAAAAACAAAACAAACAAAAAAAAAACAACAAGAAACUUUGUUUUGCUUAUUUAAAAUUCCACAGACAUAUUUGCCAUCU